AUGGUACACGGGUCGAAACCACAGCUAAUGAAUCAUGUUGUUGAUGCCGUGGUGCAUCUGUGCGAAAGGAAAGGAUCUACUGCUCGAGAUGUCCUUGAUUAUCUUCGGCAAACUUCGAAGUUCAAACCACGAAAUUUGACGAUGCAGGUUCAUCGAGCUCUGAAGCAUGCAGUAAAUGCCGGACUCCUGCGACAUCGAAGUGGUCGUUACAAAGCAAUAUUUACAACAAAUUCCGUCCAAAAUAACGAACGCGAGAAUGAAAAUAGUGAUAAAAAAUCAGUCGAGGAAACAAGCAAACCCGAUGCACAGCUAUCGUUUGAAAGAGUCAAUUCCAAUAAUAAACAGAACAGCGGGAACCGUGAAAAGGAACACCAUACAGGGAAACGGAAACGCGACCACAGCAGUCAGAGGAGGCAAGAAAGGCUAAACAAAUCCGAGAGACGCCAAAAUCCACUGAAACAUGUAAGAAAAAUACAAAAGCUGAAGUAUAAAGAAACAGAUGGAAAGGAUCGGUUGUCACGAUAUAACAGUCCCGAUAGAAGGGUGAAAGAGGAUUUCGGUAACACGUCUAGAUCUUCGUCUAUUCGUAAAAGUAGCAAAGCGAGACGGAGAGAUCGAAAGAACUACUCUGAUCCAUCUGAUAGUAGCAACUGUAAGGACAAAAAGGCUAGAGAAACAGAUGUUUUUGAAUCUGCACAACAAAUGUUCCAUGACAGCAUGUCUCAUUGA